AUGGAUGAUUGGAACCGCCCUUCUGUCAGUUUCCGCUGCAACUACCUCAGGCCCCCCACGGCCACCUGGGGCUACCUGAUCAUUCGCACCAGCUACGACCCCGCCCUUGAACCGGCAUGGCAGCGCACGUUACAAAAGAUCAAAGAUACUAUCUACUCCACGAUCGAUUAUGAACUCCGAUACCCUCAAUCGUGGAUGAAACUGCCCGUUGAAGACUGCAUUCGCAUCAAAAAUGAGGGUUUCUCUUUUCUGGGACUCCCCCCGCCAGACCCUGCUCCGGUGGAUGACCUCAAAAACAGGCUCAGAUUCAUCCUGCUAGAGGACCCAGCUCAGUACCGCGGUCUCUCCACCACUCAAGUUCAAGAGAGGUUUGACGAGUGGUGCAUCCAGCACUCGCAGCAGCUCGCCAGAGAACGGGGAGUGGUAUUGGAACCCAUGACUGAGCUGGGACCGACCCCUGUUUCAAAUAAUGUCUGUCUCUGGAUCGACGAGGAGGUUCUCAAGGUUGUGGAUGGGGACAUCAAGAAUGAGUUUGGCGAGGGCCCGUAUGUCAAGGCUGUUGAGCGGCGGCCCGUGUUGAGUCCCGACUAUGACGGCUCAUUCAAGGUGGAAUUGGGCUAUCUUUGGCAGAUGUAUGGAGAUGCCUUCAACAGUGGCGGAUUAGAUCAGUUCCUACCACCGAAAAGGCGGAAAACAGGGGAGCGGCCCGUCUGGAAUGGAUCCUGGCCGUUUGAUGUUCAGAUGGAGUCAAUGGGGAUGGAUGAAAAGGAGAUGGAGGAGGAGUGGGGGAAAAGAGGAGAGGCCAAAGUUCUGAAUGCCAUUUGA